CUCUUUGCGAGUCAACUCGUGUGCUCUGUAGCUGAUAGAGGUGCCUGGAGCUGAAAUAUUAUAGCUCUAUUGUAGCGGAGGACUGCGGUGUGACAGUAAAUGGCCUGCUUCACGCUGGCGGGGCAGAGCACACGUUAACUUUGUCCUUUUCUUUUCUCUUAAUGGACACGCUUCGAGCAGCAGCAGCAGCGGCGGCGGCGGCGGCGUUGGUGGUGGAGGUGGCGGGUGUUUUGUUUUCCUCUGCUCUUUAUCUCUAGCUGCUCCAGUCAGGGUUCCUCGUGUGUGUGUGUCUCUGCCACCUCCUCCUCUCACUAAAACAGUCCUUUAGACCAGCAUGGUCAUGGCUGACAGCGCCCACAAGCCGCAGAUCCGGGGUCCGGUCCGAGUGGGCUUCUACGACAUCGAGCGCACGUUAGGAAAGGGCAAUUUCGCAGUCGUGAAGCUGGCCAGACACCGCAUUACCAAGACCGAGGUGGCCAUUAAGAUCAUCGACAAGACCCAACUGGAUGCAGUCAACCUGGAAAAGAUCUACAGGGAAGUUAAAAUCAUGAAGAUGCUGGACCACCCUCACAUCAUUAAGCUCUACCAGGUGAUGGAGACGAAGAACAUGCUUUACUUAGUCACGGAGUACGCCAAGAGUGGCGAAAUCUUCGAUUAUCUGGCAAAGCAUGGCCGUCUCAGUGAACUGGAGGCCAGGAGGAAGUUCUGGCAGAUCCUGUCUGCAGUCGAGUAUUGUCACAACCGAAACAUCGUCCACAGAGACUUGAAGGCAGAGAACCUGCUGCUAGAUGGCCAUAUGAACAUCAAGAUUGCAGAUUUUGGAUUUGGGAACUUCUUCCAGCCUGGAGAACCUCUGGCCACAUGGUGUGGCAGCCCACCUUAUGCUGCUCCAGAGGUUUUUGAGGGACAACAGUAUGAAGGCCCGCAGCUGGAUAUCUGGAGUAUGGGGGUGGUGCUCUACGUGCUGGUGUGUGGGGCACUGCCCUUUGAUGGACCCACUUUGCCUGUGCUCCGACAGAGAGUCCUUGAAGGACGGUUUCGCAUCCCCUACUUCAUGACUGAAGACUGUGAGCACCUGAUCCGCAGGAUGCUGGUCUUGGAUCCAUCCAAGCGCCUGUCUGUGGCUCAGAUCAAGGAGCACAAAUGGAUGGCUCUGGAUGUUCCUGCACCGAGGCCUGUCCUGUACCAACAGCCACUGUCUGCUGAGGGCGAGGGGGGUGUGGGCGAGUACAGCGAGCAGGUCCUUCGCCUGAUGCACAGCCUUGGCAUAGACCAACACAAGACUAUAGAGUCUCUGCAGAACAAAAGCUACAACCACUUUGCUGCUAUCUAUUACCUGCUGGUGGAGCGGCUCAAGGCUCAUCGCUGCAGCUUCCCUGUGGAACAGAGGCUGGAUGCCCGACAGCGGCGCCCCAGCACCAUCGCUGAGCAGACGGUCAUCAAGUCGACCAGCGGUUCCACCCAGGUGGGUUUGCUUCCGCAGGGCGUUCGUCUGUUGCGUUCCCCUGCUGUUCCCCAAGCGUCCUCCGAUGCUUUCACUUUCCCCCAUACUGCAUGUUCCUUGGAGCAGAGUUUCAUGGUAGAGGACGUCAACACGCCCAAAGUGAACGGCUGUCUGCUGGACCCUCUUCCUCCCCCCACUGUCCUCCGCAAGUCCUCCACCUCGUCGCCUAGCAACAUGAUGGAGACUUCGAUUGAUGAGGGCAUCGAGACUGAGGAGCCUGACACAGAAGACGAUCCACCCCACCUGCUCUCGGCCUAUCAGACGGCUCGUUUUGGCCAAAGGCGGCACACUCUGUCUGAGGUCUCCAACCAGCCAGGUCCUUCGAACCAAGGUAAAUUUUUCACUCUGGGCCACAACCCCUCCAUGGGUAGCGUGGACUCAGACAUCGGCUAUGAUAUCGGCUCCAUGCACAGUGACCUCGGUCUGCUGGAAGAUUCCCCGUCCCUUAGUGAAGUGGUGCCAGCCAACAGCUCUGCCCCUGGCGUCAACCCUUCUCCCUUCUUGAGCGCAAGGCCAGCCAACCCAGCUAUGGCUGCCCUGACCUCCCAGCACAGAGAGGCGCACAACCGCUCCCCCAUCAGUUUCAGAGAAGGACGCCGAGCGUCUGACACAUCCCUCACCCAAGGUCUGGUGGCAUUUCGGCAGCACCUCCAACAUUUGGCGAGGACCAAAGGAAUCCUGGAGCUCAACAAAGUCCAGAUGCUGGUGGAGCAGAUGGGCUCUGUGGAAGGGGCGGCCAUGGCCCCCCUGGGACCACCGCACCACUUGGACAAUCUCCUGGAGGGUGAGGCAUGCAAGCAGCAGGAGGGCCUAGCUUUAUACCAAGGUGGGCCACAGCCACCUCUCCUGUCCCGCAGACAGAGUUUGGAAACACAGUACCUCACUCACAGGCUACAGAAGGCCAACGUCUUGGCAAACAGUCCUGCUAGUUGCCAACUUUUCUGUAAGGAGACACCUCGAAGUUUAGAGCAGCAGCUGCAGGAACACAGACUGAACCAGAAGAGGAUGUACCUGCAGCCGCCGCCGCCACAGGGCGCGGGGCUGCAGGCCUACUUCAACCAGAUGCAGAUAGCUGAAGGCUCCUACCCGAGCGGCAGCCCUGCUCUGGACCCAGCGGCAUCUCAGAGUUCCCCUCAGGGCCCCCCCAUGUCCGCCGCCCUCCAGCCUCAGCCCCAGCAGCAAGGCAGUCCUCAGGCGUCGCCGCCUUUCAGCCACACCCACAGCUUGAGCCCCUUGAUGGAGCCAGGUGAGGGCCUGGUUUAUGAUUCCUACAUGAGCCAUCCUCACUACACCCAACACCUGCCGCCUAAAGUUCACCUCCACCACCACCUGCACCAUCAGCAUCCUCACGAGGCCCCCGUCAGCGGCCUGGGCUUCAGCUACCCCGCAGGAUGUGAGCAGCAGGCUCUGGGCUCUCCUGGCGAGGUUCUCCUGCCGGAGCAGUACGACUUCUCAAUGGACCCCACCUUACACCACCAGCCUGUCCCGGGAGAGGCCGACACCGGGGCCGUGGCUGGAGGUCUGGCUGGUUUGGGCCAAUCGGAUGCCCUGGGCAUGCCUGAGCUGCAAAGCUCUCUCUUGGACAGUGAGAUGAUGGAGACCGUUGACUCACAGCACGGCUUUGUACUAGUCAACUAAAGCCGGUUGAGCGGGUUGAUAGAGAGCAGUAUUAAGCAAUGAGAACCUACACAGCAUUGAUAACAGAGAGAAUGGAGAUGUAAGUGGAGGACAUAAGCGUAGCAACAGGGAAGGAAGUGUUCAUUUUUGUACAACUAAUACAAACUUCAUUCCUAGUUGUGGUAAACCUCGACUUUUCUACCGAAAUCCUCCCUUAAUUUACCUCGCUUUCUCCCUCUGCUUCUCGGUUCUUGUUCUCAUGAGCCCUCCGAGGCGGGAACAGGCCCAUCGCGUGGCACAAUGUGAUCUAAGCUGUGCUUAUUUGGCAGUUCUGCCGUUGUCACAUGUGCGGCGCCACCGAUGAUGACUGCGCCGUGCAGCCGGUGGGGGAGAUGCUGCACAUCCUGGAGGCUGCUAGAAAGCAGCGUUUCACCCAGACAUGGGUUGAAAGUGAACUGACUUAUUGAAUGGCAACCAAAAGCACAAUAACUGGUAGUGCUUUUUGUAUUUCAGAUAGGACACCGCCGACAAAACUAUAGACUGGUUCUUAACUCAAAAACACUUCUGUGGAUCUUUUUUUUUUUUUUUUUUUUUUUAAUAUUUAGGUGAACAAAAAAAGACAAAUAAACUGAGCAAAUGAGAAUGGCCUUCAUUUAUCAGGAUACCAUGAAGAUUACCACAAAUGCUCCUGUUUGUUUUGUUUUUUUGAAGUUUAUAACACAGUAUUAUGCAAAGGCUACAAUGGUGGUCAUGCAUAGCUUUCAACACUAUUCCCUCAAACAGAGGUGACGUUUGUGUUUGCUCAAACAAACACCCUAAACAAUGCUACAUUUUUGCUUUAAAACAGUGAAACUCCAAGCUAUUUUCCAGUUUGAGAAUAGAAGUGGAGGCUAUGUGACUAUUUCACAAAUUGUAACUACUGAUUUUGAUUUAUUUGGUACACUACUGAUUGCACACACUUUCCAGGUUUCAAUACAGUCAAUAAGAUGAAGAAUUGCCAGUUUUUACUGGUGAAAUGGACUCAAGCCUCUUCAGCAGUUGAUACGUGGAUCAUGUGUUUGCCUGAUAAAUGAGGGCUGAUGUGAUUGACAUGUUAGGUUGAGAAGUUGCGGCGUUAAACAGUCAAUAUUAUUCUGUUUCUGUGGCAAUACUGAAGCAAUAUUAAUACUUAAUGUUGAGGGAUCGUAAUGGAAGCCUCACCUGUACAGCCAGCUGUGAUUGGUUCCCCGGAUAUCUGAGUCAUCAGCAGUGACGUCACUUGAUGAUGAUGAUGUAACCGGGAGAUAAUCCGUCUGUUGUUUGCCCUGGAAGAGCAGGAAUCAGCCUGGAGACAGCUGUAUGAACGGUACUGUGCAAAAGUUUUGAGUAUUAGUUUAAAAAAAAGAAUCCUCAAAGCAAUUUCAUAAAGUAUUUAUUUGUCAAUUAAUGUCAUCAAAGGUGUUGCAAGUUGUGAAUACCUAAAUCAGAUGCAUGUAGCACCCUUUUCCUUUCAAACAUCUCCAGCCCUCCUCUGUGCAGUUUUUUAAGGUACUCGGCAGGUUCAGUUGUGGCGAGCAUCUUUACUUGUGCUGUCUCAGCUGCUUCUCACCGAUAUGAUCACAGACGAGGGAUCAUUGCUGCAGACUGAAUAUGGGACUCAUGAGACGCCACCCUGCUGAUUAUUCAGUUAAAGAUCACAAACCUAACUCUUACCUUUUUUGUUGUUAAAAAUAGAUAAUAUUUUCCUUAAAAAAACAAGUUGAUACAUUGAGAUGUUUUGGUCACAAUACCACAAGGGUACAGCACAAAGUUGAGAUGCUACUUUUUUUUUUUUAAGUAGUUGACAUCCUCAGACACCCAAACAUAUGCUCUCAUACACAGAAAAGUUUUUUUCCUAUAUUAUGACCCCUUUAAAACUUUUGCACAGUAUUGUGUGUGAAUGGAUGGGUGUGUGGGAGUAUUUGUAGUUGUUUGCACAAUUCAAUUUUCCUCAUCCAUUAAAUCAUAUGUUGUCAUUUCUGAAAAAAGACAAACACUGUAUUGACUGCUUUAUUCAAAGUAACACAAACUGUGCGAUUGUGCUUUCAUAUUAAUUCUGGUUUACAUCCUCGUUGUUCCAGUCAUGCCUCUUAUUUUUUUUCUUUGUUUAUUUUUUUUCUAAAACAAUGAAUUAUGUUUGUUCUUACGGAGUGGCCCCUAAGAAUCCCUUGCAUUAGAUUUCCUGAAAGAAUGUUUCCUCCCUGACGUUGCGACUGCUGUGAGGCGAAGACGAUAGAACAUCAGUCACCUGACACUGGAUAUCCUAACUGGUUUCUCACCAUCGCUAUUUGACUGACAGCAAGUUAGCAACUCAACAAGAGAUUUUGUCUGUUCUUUCUUUCUUUUCUUUUUUAAACCGCACUUAGACUGUGUUCAAGCUAUUUGAAGCAAACUUGUUACUUCUCUGGUGGAUGAUUGAAGAAUAGAAGAAAGAAAUUUAAGUUCAGGUGGAAUCCCAGGAAGACGGCAGGGUUGAGAUGUUUGAUCGGGCCGGGGCCGUCUCAGGCUGCGUGGUCCGUGGCGCUCGGGGUUAAGCCGUAGUCGUGUUUUUAGUCAGAUAAGCCUGCAGACGAGGCAUUCACUCACAUUUUUGUAAAGCUGACUGAACAAGUAUCUCUGAGUCCGCAGACAGACUCUAGAGGAUGAGUGGUUAUACCCAGGCCUGGCCAUAGUCUGUUCUCAAGAGGCGACGGGAACAUGAUGUGACUGUGUUCCUGCACAAAAGGUUUAUUAUGAUAAAGUGUUGAUUCAUCCAAAAAGGCGUCAAAUUUCCAUCAGCUUUACAGUUGUUAUGCUAUUGGCCUAGUUACUAGUAACUGUUUUGUUCUCCUGUAGAAGAGAUGCAAAUAACUCCAGCAACAAAGGCUCCAGCAGAAGAGAGCGCUGCAGGCCUGCUGCAAAAAUAAGUCUUGUGGUUACAUGAAUAAUUCCACCCUUAAAUUUACAAACUCAUCAGUUAGCUGGGUGUGUUUAUGCGAUGGCACGCCCACUUCAUUACCACGGGAGUAAUCUCGCACCAUACUGUGGUUCAUGUUGAAAACGGCCACUAAUGCAGAGAGAGGACUGUACUGAGGAGUGUGCGAGGCUCGGUUGAAGCUGUAAUAUUUAUUCAGGGGCUUAUAAAACAUUAAAUUGUCGGCACUGAUGGUGUAAGAGCAUUAAAGUGUGCGUCUCGCCUUUGUUGAUGGUUAGACUAAAGGAUCUUCAGGAUGAUCUGUGGAAGUUGAAUACUGGAGCACUUUUUUUUUUCAACAAGGGGGAAGAAGAGAUGUAGCGAGAGAGGAGGAGGUGACCGGUGGAGAAAAGGUGGGAAAGGUUUGUGUUGCUCCGCCUUUUCCUGGCAGAUGAAACAUGCCGCAAAAUCUGUAGGAAACACCUUUCUCCUCUCUCUUCCUCACCAAUAAUGGACACAAAACAAAUUUCUUUCAAAGAAAGACCAGACAUUGUAACACUUUAUUUGAUUGUUGGUUUUAAUCCAAGAAAAAUGAACACUUUUCAGUUUAUUAUGAUGAGUGUUCUCUGUACAGGUGUAGUGAAUCUUCAGUGAAGCUCGAGGUGCACUGAGGGCAGUUGUGUUGAACGUGAGUAGUGUUCAGUGUGCCUUUUUACUUUUCAUAUUUUCAAUCUAAAUUAAAACUUUAAAUAGCAAAAUAAUUUCUGGUUGGACCCUUUUAAUCAUUUGUUUUAUAAAUAUCUCCUUCCUUUUUUUUUCUGUAAUUAAGUAGAGCCAGGUUUUACAAAGGUACAAAACCAAAGUCCCUCAGAAGUUUCCCUGUACGACCCACCGUGUGGAGUUUUGGAGCUUCUUUCUUAGCUUCUAUACUGUUUGUUUUUUUUUUCUUUCUAUUUUUUCCCUUUUUCUUGUUGGUCAAUCAGUGUAUGCCAUUUAAAAGUAUUAUAGCAAUAUUUCUCUAGUUGAAGACUAAAGUCGAGAUUCUAGUGGAUGUGUUUCCAAGUAUCAUCAUUUCACCACCUGCUGAUAAAACAAAAAAAAUAAAUCAAUGGAAAUCCAGUUUUAUAUCUACCUUCAUUGAUGUUGACCACACAUAAGCUAACUUGCUGUUGAGAUUAAAAAGGUUUAUUGAAAAGA